UCUUGGUUUGUUGUCCGCUCUCUCUCUCUCUCUCUCUCUCUCGUCAGGCUUCAUCUUCAUCUGUAGGAUUUAGUGGGAAAAUUGGCAUCUGCAAGCAUCAAUCAAGCUUUUCUGUUUGUUUGUUUUCUUCCAUUGUCUCCAUUAUCUAUAUUAUUUUCUGCAGCGUCCAGUCCCUUAGAUUCUGUUUCUCGUGUUAUAUAAGUAGGCAACGCUUCCUUCCCUCACCAUCAAAACUUCUCCUCUGCCUCGUGUUAUAUAAGUAGGCAACGCUUCCUUCCCUCACCAUCGAAACUUCUCCUCUGCCACAAACAGCUUUCAGUAAUCAGUAGGACCAAGUGAGCUAGUAGCAGCCUUGCACUGGGCGUCAGAAACCAAAACCAUUGCUCGCAGCAUCGCCUCACGGUUCCACGCCGCUACUCUACUAGGCAAAACAUUCCCUUGUCUCCUCACUUGAUACUCUAUCUCCCGGUGUGACGUUCGUGCCUCAUCAAUGUGUCCUCCGCACGAGCUGCGACACAGGUCGGCGUCUCACCUCGCUGUACUGGCCUGCCUCGCCGUGCUCGCUGGUACUUGCGUUGCUGGUGUUGGUAUGCCGGCGUGCUUCAUCUUCGGGGACUCGCUCGUCGACGCCGGCAAUAACAACUACAUCGUCUCCCUGUCGAAGGCCAACUAUCCCCCGAACGGCAUCGACUUCCCCGGCCACCAGCCCACCGGCCGGUACACCAACGGCCGGACCAUCGUCGACAUUCUAGGGCAAGAGAUGGGGAUGGGAGGGUUUGUUCCACCGUACAUGGCCCCGGAGACCACCGGCGACGCCGUGCUGAGAGGUGUCAACUACGCGUCCGGCGGCGGAGGCAUCCUGAACCAAACCGGGAGUAUCUUCGGUGGGCGCUUGAACUUGGACGCCCAGAUUGACAACUACGCGAACAACCGGCACGACCUUAUCGCACGGCACGGGGAGGUGGCGGCGGUGAGCCUGCUUCGGGGCGCGCUCUUCUCGGUCACCAUGGGUUCCAACGACUUCAUCAACAACUACCUCACGCCCAUCAUCUCCGUGCCGGAGCGCGCCACGACGCCGCCGGCGGCCUUCAUCAACGCCAUGAUCGCCAAGUACCGGCAGCAGCUCACAAGGCUGUACCUUCUGGACGCCCGUAAGAUAUUGGCGGUGAACGUGGGGCCCAUCGGCUGCAUCCCGUACCAGAGGGAGACGAACCCGUCGACCGGCGCGGGCUGCGCCGAGUUCCCGAACCAGCUUGCCCAGUCCUUCAACCGGAGGCUCAAGGCCCUGGUGAACGAGCUUGGCGCCACCCUCCCCGGCUCCCGCUUCGUCUACGCCGACGUCUACCACAUCUUCUCCGACAUCAUCGCCAACUACAGAUCACACGGGUUCGAGGUGGUGGACUCGGCGUGCUGCUACGUGAGCGGGCGGUUCGGCGGGCUGGUGCCGUGCGGGCCGACGUCGCUGUACUGCGCGGACAGAUCCAAGUACGUGUUCUGGGACCCCUACCACCCCAGCGACGCCACCAACGCGCUCAUCGCUCGCCGGAUCCUCGACGGCGGCCCCGCCGACAUCUUCCCGGUCAACGUGCGCCAGCUGAUCACGACCUGAUCGGUUACCGAUGCUGGCUGCUUUAGAUUCAUUACUUUUAAGAGAUUAUUAGGGGUUGUUCGGCCUUCUUCAGUGUAACAUGAUUCGUGCUAGCUAGGAUGAUCUCUCGUCGCGUUCUUCUCUGUUUUGUUCUUCACUUCAUUCUCGUUUUCCAUUUGACUUCUUUGCGACCGAACUCGUGAAUUGUUUGGUGGUUAGAACAAAGUUUGUGGAUGAUUGAAGGUAUUUUGAACGCAUCAGAU